AUGUGCCCACACCGACAUGUUGCAUGUAGUGCAUGGUCAGUUGAGAAUGACAUGUUGAAGCUCCAACUACACGAAAUCAAGUUGUUCGUCUCGGAGCCCCACAAAAAGUUGUCAGAGCAGUUGAAUGGGUACCAUAUUGCUCUAGACCCUGCAAUGUGGCUUGUGAAGAAAGAGGGUAUGAUCUCAGAUAGAGAAUGGAGAAGUUUAAUGGGCUGCAGGCAAGAAAGAAGGGAAGAAGAGGAAACAUGA